UUUUUGAGAGUGACCUUAAACUCGCAAGACUCGAAGUUUCGUGUUGGCCGCUUUCUGGUCAUUGGCUAACACCACCUCUUCCCUGACAUUUACAAACUUGCUAGCUUUAACCGCCUCUUUCAUUCUCUUCUUCUUACACGUUUUAUCGGUUGGAUUCUUAAAUAUAUGGAGUCCAAACCUCCACAAGAUGCCCAGAGGAAGUAUAGGUUUAUGCCUAAAGCUCCUCCACGCCGAGUUCCAAAGCUGGAAGUUAAAACUGAAAAGGUGGGGAAUGUGGAUACUCUACAGGCCAUGAACUUGAUGAAGCAAUUCCAGGAAAGGUCCCUAAAGCAAAAGAUUACAAACGAAAAGAAAGUGCAGAAACUUGACAUUGCAUUUGGCCCUGGAGCUGCUGCAACGAAGCCCUUUCCAAGCUGGAGUACAAUUAACAGAGAUCAGGGUUCAUCUUCCAAUGGUAAUGCCGAUGCUCCAGGCCCGAGAGAGAAAGAAUACAUUGAACCAUGGGAUUAUUACAGUAAUUAUCCCGUGAGUCUUCCUAUGAGGAGGCCAUAUUCAGGAAAUUCAGCAAUUCUUGACGAAGAGGAAUUUGGGGAGGUGUCCGAAGCUGCAACAUACGAUGAAAAUUCAACAAAUUCCGCGGUGGAGCUUGGUUUGAUGGAGGAAAAUGUUGAAGCAAGUAUGCUCUUUGUUCAGUUACCACCAACUAUGCCCAUGAUAAAGCGAUCAGCUACAGCAGUUGGCCCUGAGGUUAAGGAAAGCUCUAGGCCAUCAGGAGGUGCACGUGCAAUUGAGAAGACUUGCAGAUUAGAUGAGUUACCAGCGGGCUACAUGGGUAAAGUGCUAGUGUACAGGAGUGGUGCGGUUAAGCUGAAGCUUGGGGAUACCCUUUAUGAUGUCUCCCCAGGUAUGAAUUCUAUAUUUGCUCAAGAUGUUGUAGCUAUUAAUAGAGGAGAGGAAACUUGUUGUGUGGUAGCGGAGAUUGAGAAGCGUGUUACACUAAUCCCUGAUGUGGAUGCCAUUAUAAGUAGAGUAGCAGAAAUGUGAUAGUAUUAUUGGUUUAUCCUAUAUAAGAUGAAACUGCAAUCUACUUUUUUUUUUCCUGCCCAAAAGAAGCUGUUAUUUAACAUUCCUUCAUGAAGAAACUAUCAAAUGAAUAAAGACAACAAGUUGCUGUAUGGAUUACUCGUUUAAGAGAAAAUUAAUUGAUGAAGUGAAUCUGGUAGUUAAUUGGUUUU